AUGUUUGUUCCGUGGGCUUUGCUGGUGCUGCUGGUGCAGCUGGUAGACAUGAGCGUCGCCGUGGUGAAGUUCGAGAACCUCAAGUACGAGCUGAACAAGGACUACAUGCACGGUAACAUUUUCAUCAAGAGCCAAAAUGAUAAGUACGCGUUCGGGGCGGACGUGGAGGUUACGAAGAAAAUCGAAGGCAGCGUCAUUGUGACGCCGCUCGUGCAGCAUCUGGUCAAGGGCGACUACCACACGAUGGUGAACAUCGAUCUCGACACCUGUAAGGUCGAUCCGGUCAUGUCGGAAAACGCGAUCGUACGCACGAUUGCGAAGGAGUCGACCAAGUUCAUCAACUUCUCGCUCAUGUGCCCGUACAAUCCGGGCCGUUAUCUGCUGAACGACUUUACGCUCGACUCCGAGAGCCCGUUGCUGAAGCUCAUUCCGAACGGCAAAUACAAGAUGCAGCUGACGGCCAACCAUUUCCCAACGCCCGACUCUCCACCGAUCCAGCUGUUUAUGUACUCGGUUGAUUUCGAGCUGUUUGCUGCAGCUGGUUAG